CUGCGGCUGUGCUGUGUUGCGGGCAGUGUCUUCGGCUGCUGUGGAGGGGAACUCUGGUUCUUAUACUCAUUACCCGGAACCAAAGUGGUGUUGUCCAGUACACGGAGGAGAAUUGUCCGGGUAGAGGCGCCAGUGGACGGCUCCGGAGGCCAGGAUGUUUCGUCUUCGCUUCUUGCCAGCAGUGGCAGGACUGGCAACUGUGUCCCGUCGGUACCAUGGAGUAGCUAAUCCAAUGCGAAGCAGAAGGAGGAUUAUGCUUGCAGCGUUUGUCGGAGCAACUGCAGUGUCUGCUAGUGCCGGAUUACUUUUGAAGAGAGCGAAUGCAGAAGCACAGUCUUCAGUAAAGCACAACUCAAGAGAAGAAGAGAAUGUCAAACCGAAGGAGGCAGAGGCCCAAGUGGACAGCAGUGACCAGUUUGUGGAGUCAAGUGAUGAAGAUCAACAACCAGAUGGGAAGAAAAAGAAGCAACGUGUUGGAUUUAGGGAUCGGAAGGUGAUGGAAUAUGAGAAUCGAAUUCGAGCAUAUUCAACUCCCGACAAAAUCUUCCGGUACUUUGCAACUCUGAAAGUGAUGCAUGAAUCGGGGGAAUCUGAAGUUUUUAUGACACCUCAAGAUUUUGUGAGAUCUAUUACACCCAACGAGAAACAGCCAGAAAAUUUGGGCUUGGAUCAGUUUAAUGUAAAACGAUAUGAUGGGAAGAAAAUUUCUCAAGAGCGAGAGAAGUUUGCAGAUGAGGACAGUAUUUUCUACACACUAGGUGAAUGUGGACUGAUCUCAUUCUCGGACUAUAUUUUCCUUACUACGGUUUUAUCAACUCCUCAAAGAAACUUUGAAAUUGCCUUCAAAAUGUUUGAUCUGAAUGGAGAUGGGGAAGUUGACAUGGAAGAGUUUGAGCAGGUGCAAAGUAUCAUUCGAUCCCAGACCAGUAUGGGUAUGCGUCAUCGAGAUCGAUCGACUACAGGCAACACACUGAAAACAGGAUUCAGCUCGGCACUUACCACCUAUUUUUUUGGAGCUGAUUUGAAAGGGAAGCUAACUAUUAAGAAUUUCCUAGAGUUUCAGCGUAAGCUUCAGCAUGAUGUCCUUAAAUUGGAGUUUGAGCGCCAAGAUCCAGUGAAUGGUCGCAUCACAGAGCGUCAAUUUGGCAGCAUGCUGCUGGCGUACAGUGGUGUGCAGUCCAAGAAACUCACUCUAAUGUUAAAGCAGCUUAAAAAGCGUUUUAAGGAUGGAGAAGGUCUAGGAUUUGAGGAAGUUGAAAAUUUCUUUACUUUUCUGAAGAACAUUAAUGAUGUAGACACAGCCCUAAGUUUUUACCACAUGGCAGGAGCUUCUCUCGAUAAAGUUACUAUGCAGCAAGUUGCCAGGACGGUGGCCAAAGUGGAACUUUCAGACCAUGUUUGUGAUGUAGUCUUUGCUCUCUUCGACUGUGACGGGAAUGGGGAACUGAGCAAUAAGGAGUUCAUUGCCAUCAUGAAACAGCGUUUAAUGAGAGGGCUGGAGAAGCCCAAAGAUAUGGGAUUCACCCGCCUUAUGAGAGCCAUGUGGAAAUGUGCCCAGGAGACGGCCUGGGAUUUUGCCUUACCAAAGCAGUAAGAGAAGGAAAGGAGCGGAGUCCCAUAACAAAUCCAAAGAUGAUAAAAGACUUAAGUGCACAGACUGUUCCAAUGUGAGAAAAAGUCAAAAGGAUUGUUGUAAUGAACAUACAGUACAUGUUAUCAAUUUAUACCAUGAUAUUCUCGCUUUGUUUUACUGUGUUGCCAUUGCCAAUAUAUGUUAAACUACCCAUUUGCUAAAAGUGUAGUAGAUUGUAAUAUAGCAAUAGCCAAGUAACCAUAGAGCCUUUUAUUGUAAACUAUAUGGGCCCUAUAAAUCAGUGCCAAAGGUCCAUAGCCUUUAAAUUGACAUAAGGCUACUAAAAAAGAAAGAAUCCAGUGAGCACCAUUGUUUCUGCUCUGCUCCUAGUUCAAUGGCAAUUCUGUCUCAGCAAUGUAAAUAGGUUGUCAGGGAUGCCGUGCCCGACAACACUUUUGAUAAAGCAGUGUAUCCCUAGCAACCAAACUGACAGAUAUGACUGUGUUGUGAUCUGAGGUACUGUAUUUGUACUAGGCAAGGCACAGGGAAAAGCAGCUUGGAAGUAGUUAACCUGUGACCUUUCCGUUCUCAGGCUUUGGAGGUCAUUAUUUUUCAGAAACAUAAAUUUAGUUGGAGAUUCACAACAAUACUGAUCGUAAACUGGAAUCUGAAUAUUUUAGAGGAGGAAAAAUAAAACUCGUAUUGGAAUUGAUCAGAACGAUGGUCAGACUGAAGACAGAACAUGACCUCUGUGGCCAGCAUUACAGCACAAGAAUAUUGAUAGCUUCUUAGUGCUUAAAAAUCUAUUGGUUGGCUUAACAUUUCACAUAUAUUCCAGUUUUAUGCCUUCUGAAUAAAUUAGAAUAUUUUUAUUGCUUUCCUGUAGGUUUCUACAAUGGCCUUAAAGGUCACAAAUCUUUUAUUAGUUUGCAUGACAUGGUAAUUGGCAGCCACUACCUUUUAUCUCUGACAAAAAGUUAGUCUUUUAAUAAUUACCAAUAAGUUUAAGACACAUAAAAACAAUAGUACUAAAUAAUAUAAAACAAAAAACACAAAGCUUAUUCUAUGCAACAUGUCAAUGUUCUUUUUCUGGUGAAAAUGCAAAUGACUUUGCCUGGAGUAUCAAUUCAGUAAACCCGAAGCUAAAGAAUUGAAAGUAAUAAACUGGUACAACUUGAAAAUAUUUGAUAUUGUGGACACUGUUAUAACUACACUAUAUAUCUAAACUUGCUGGUACUUUAUGCAGUUGGUUUGGUCUGAUUUGGUGGUAUGGGAAGGAAUGGGCAUAUGGUUGUAAAUAAAAAUGACUAAAUAAAAUGUUCUUUUAUUGAAAUGGA